AUGGCUGUACAAGCACAGUUGUACUCUGAUUAUUAUCAGAAUAAUAACAACAUGGGGUUUGCUAAUUUACCACAAGAUUGGGUCCUCAUGACUGGCUCCUCUGUUUUCGGAAUUGGGGAUGAAAACAGAACCCUCUGCUCUUAUGAACAACCCCAAGAUCAAAGAUUUCUUGAAUCUCAAAAGAUUAUGAAUUCUUCUGCUUCUCCUUCUUCUCCUUAUCAUAAUCUUGUUUCAUCAUCCCUUGUAUCCUCUUCAUCGUAUUCGAGAAGAAAUGGGAUGAUUGGAUUCCAAAAUUUGUCAUCUGAGCUUGAGAGGCAGAGGUUAGAGAUGGGCUGUUUUCUUCAUUUUCAGAAUGAGAAAUUAAAGGCAGUUUUAAACGAGGAAACAAGAAGAAGAGAAGUGAUCUUGAUGCAGAAUUACGAAUCAAAGAUGAAGUCAAUAAUGGAUGCAAAAGAUGACGUUCUGAACACAGCAACAAAUAGAACAAGAGAGCUUCAAAACUGUUUAUUGAUGGCAGAAAAAGAAGCCAAAGAUUGGGAGAAAAAAGCCAUUGAAAACGAAGCCAUGGUGACAGACCUCAACAGAAAGCUCAACCAAGCUAGAGAGAGAAAGCAUGAAGAUGCAGAAUCAGUGUGCAAUGGUGGUGAUGACGAUGACGAUGAGGAGGAGGAGAGAGAAAGACAAAAGAAGAUGGUAUGCAAGGCGUGUCACGUGAGAAGCUCGUGCAUCCUAUUGUUACCUUGCAGGCAUCUCUGUUGUUGCAGGACUUGUGAAGGUCUACUGAUGUUUUGUCCUGUUUGUGAAACUGUAAAAAAUGGAAGCUUGGAGGUUUUCUUUGGUCUAAAUUGA